GUCCCGAAAGGGAACAUCGUACCCCUGGCGCCCAACGAGCCCGACAUCCAACUGGGCAAGACCUUGGUGGCUGCGAAGCCACACCGGAUCACUGCGGACCAGAUCGAGCUUGGGCGCAGGACCCUUCGAAGGUUUCUCGGACGAAAGGGCGACUUUCUUGUCAAUGUCCACGCUACCUACGCAGUCACACGCAAGCCACACGGUGUGAAGAUGGGUCAGGGGAAGGGCAACAUCGAGUUCUUCGUUGCACGCGUCCCUGCCGGGCGGGUCAUGUUCAA